UAUGAAAAAACAUACUAAUUAGGUGAAAAUUGUAAACUAACUAAAAAUAAAAAAACAGAACAUUUAAUAAAACAUAAUAUAUAAACAGUUUUGUGUAUGGUUAUUUGAUAAACCAUAUCCAGGGACAUCAUGAAAGGCCGCUGAAAAACGCAACUAAUGACAUGACAGUCUAUCUGCUGAAAAUCACUAUAGUCUAUAGUGUAAAUUUCCAAAAUUAAGUAAGAAGCGGUAGUUAAUCCAUUAUAAUCAAAUGACUACAGCAGCACGUCCAACUUUCGAACCAGCAAGAGGUGGUCAAGGAAGAAAUGAAAAAGAUCUUAGUGCUAUUUCUAGACAAUAUUCAAGUAGGGAUUUACCAGGACAUACUAAAUUAAAAUAUAGGGAACAUGGACAAGGAACAAUUGAUGAAACCAGGGCUAGAGAUUUUAGAAAAGAACUUGAGGAACGUGAGAGAGAAAAAAGACCAGGAAUUAGGGUAGUUGAGCACAGCAAAAGGUUAAAAUUGGACCAAGUCCCAGCUGCUAGCUUAGAUGCAGAUGACCCCCUUGAUGAAGGAGAUUCAGAUUCAAGUGAUGGAGAUGAUGAUGAUGAUGAUACUGAAGCUUUACUUGCAGAAUUGAGUAAAAUUAAAAAGGAACGAGCUCUAGAUACUGCAAAAAAAGAAAUAGAAAGAAGACAAGAGGAAGAAAGAAUAAGAAUGGAAAAUAUUUUAAGUGGAAAUCCUCUAUUGACACAUUAUUCAGCAGGAUCAAAUAAGACAGAUCACAAAGUGAAGAGGAGAUGGGAUGAUGAUGUGGUAUUUAAAAACUGUGCAAAGUCUGAACCAGAAAAAAAGACAAAUGUGUUUAUAAAUGACUCUUUAAGAUCAGAAUUUCAUAAAAAAUUUAUGGAAAAAUAUGUUAAAUAAUUUAACUUCAUUAAUAUUCUGCCAUAUUCAUGAAUUUAAACAUUUUACAUAUCACAGUUAAAUGAUAUGGUUACAAGAAAUAACAUGUUUGAAAUCUGGAGCAAAAUAAUAUACUUCAUUGUGUAAGUAAAUUAAUUUGCAAAAAAUUAUUGGUGGAAUAUUAUACUUUUUAAUUUUCAUCAUGAUAAAUAAACGAAAGGUUUUGCUAUGAUACAUAAUUCAAAUAAAUUUUUAAAAAUAUA